UUAGUCACCUUUAAAGAUAUUUAAUUUGUGCACAGAACAGUGAAAACCACGUCAUAACGUCAAUUGCCACAUUAUUAAUAAAUAUGUAUUAUGUGGCACUGAAGUGAGAACUAGACUUUAAGUAAUAAAUAAAAACAAAUAUUAAAUGUUGGAGUGGUAGAAAUAGCGACGUUAUUUUUUGUAUAAUUACGCCGGAGCAAAGUGGACACUUGUUUUAAAUUUUUAUUCAUAAUAGAAAUAAUAUAAUAAAUUGGAAACUUGUUAUUUGAAAUGCCAUGGAUGUACUUUAUCAUCAAACCAGUCAAUUAAUACAGGAAGCAUUCGAUUUAUUUCAUAAACUUGAUUCUAUUCCAGACUCUGAGAAAGUUGAAAAUGAUAUACAAUUUAAGAUUAACGCUAUUAAUGGGAAUUGUGAAAAACUUGAUAUUUUGGUGUUCAAAACACCAAUUAAUCAAAGACCAAUGGCUAAGAUGAGAGUAGAUCAGUUAAAAUAUGACAAUAAACAUUUACAGGCCUCAUUAAUCAAUGCCCAGAAUAAAAGGCGAAGGCGAGAACAAGAAAAAUCUGAAAGGGAACAAUUAUUGAGUCGACGAUUCGGUAAUGACCACAUGGCAAUAACAGUGGACUAUAUGGCUCAGGAGAAUACCUCAUUGCAGAAUUCUCAUAGAAAUGUUGAUGAAAUGUUGCAUACAGGAUCAAGUAUUUUGGAGACACUGCGAUACAACCGAGACACACUCAAAGGUGCUCAUAGAAGACUUAUUGACUUGGCGAAUACCCUUGGCCUGUCCAACGCAACGAUUUCUCUAAUAGAAAAAAGGGUGUCGCAAGACAAAUACGUCCUAUUUGGUGGAAUGUUUGUGACAUUGUCUGUGAUCGUUAUUGUUAUAAUCUAUUUUAUAUAAUCUAUGCGAUUGUCAUUGUUGAUGUUAAAAUAGUCAAUCUUUUUUUAACAUCUGUGGUUUUGACAUUACUUUUAAUUAAAUUAACAAACUCAAAAUCAGAUUAUCACUGAUAUUUAUAGAAUUACAUAAUAUUUGAAUAUAUCUUUUUCACGCAUGCUAAGUUUCGUAAGUGCCUGACAUUAUUUGCCUUUCGUUACAUUUAUAGAAAAACAAAUAUCAUAAUACAUACAAAUUAUAAGGGAUGCAACGGGCGGCCUUAUCGCUUAUACAUUUAUAAUCUGUAUUUAAAUGUCAAACACAUGACAAUGACAUCAAUUAAGAUUGUUGCUUUUUAUUAUAUAUUUUUAUCUUUGA